GAGGAGAAGAGGAGGAUGAGGAAGAGUCGCAGUGUGCUGACAGUCACGCCUGAAGACGAGAACAAGGAUCUCCCAGCAUGCACCGGGGCCACUCUUGGUUCCGAGCUGCGCCGUCGCUACCGCCGUCACUCGGGGACGCCCACCUUGCCGCCGUUGUCAUGGCGACAUAUGGAGAGGACGCGGAGUCCUGAGGAAGACCUCGUGAGCCGGCCGACCUCGCUGCCCUUCAGUGACCCACCACGCAUUGACAUCACACCGGUACCACCUGAGAGUUUGGAGGUGGAGAACGGUCCGUGCAGUCCUGUGGAACUCCAGGUUUCUCCCGGUUCUGCUUUGCUUCUCCCUCAUGGUCAGCGCAGAGAGUCGUUCCUGUACCGCUCUGACAGCGACUACGAACUCUCGCCCAAAUCCACCUCACGCAACUCGUCCAUCAUGGGAGAACUACACGGUGAAGAUUUCAUUGUCACACCGUUCGCUCAGGUCCUCGCCAGUCUGCGUACGGUCAGGAGUAACUUCAGCGUUUUGACUAAUGUGCCUGGACCUUCCAGCAAGAGAUCUCCAGUUAGCAUGCAGCCUCCGUUAAACAGAGCGUCACUAUCAGAUGAGUCAUUUCAGAAGCUGGCCUUGGAGACCAUGGAGGAGCUGGACUGGUGCCUGGACCAGCUAGAGACCAUCCAGACACACCGCUCCGUCAGUGACAUGGCCUCCAACAAGUUCAAGAGGAUGCUGAACCGUGAGCUCACACACCUGUCGGAAAUGAGCCGCUCCGGGAACCAGGUGUCUGAGUUCAUCUCCAACACUUUCUUAGACAAACAGAAUGAACUGGAGAUCCUGUCGCCUCCGCCAAAGUCUCGGGAGAGGAAGAGGAAACAGCAACAACAGCCGCUCAUGACUCAGAUCAGCGGAAUGAGGAAGGUCGCACAUGGACCAGGCAUCUCCAGCAGCUGCAGCGUGGCCCGAUUUGGAGUCAAGACCGACCUGGAAGACCUGCUUGCAAAGGACUUGGAGAACAUCAACAAGUGGGGGUUGAAUAUCUUCAGGAUUGCAGAGCAUUCCCAUCAGCGCCCUCUCACCUGCGUCAUGUACGCCAUUUUACAGGAACGAGAUUUGAUGAAAACCUUCAAGAUCCCAAUGGACACUUUUGUGACCUACAUGAUGACCCUGGAGGACCACUACCACUCAGACGUGGCUUACCACAACAGCCUGCAUGCUGCUGACGUCGCACAGUCCACACACAUCCUCCUGUCCACCCCUGCUCUAGAGGCGGUUUUCACAGACUUGGAGAUUCUGGCAGCCAUCUUUGCAGCAGCGAUCCAUGACGUGGACCACCCGGGGGUCUCGAACCAGUUCCUGAUUAAUACCAACUCAGAACUGGCGCUCAUGUACAACGACGAAUCUGUUCUCGAGAACCAUCACUUGGCCGUAGGCUUUAAACUCCUACAAGGGGAAAACUGCGAUAUCUUCCAGAACCUGUCAAAGAAACAACGGCAGACUCUUCGGAGAAUGGUCAUCGAAAUGGUGCUAGCGACAGAUAUGUCCAAACACAUGAGCUUGUUGGCGGAUCUAAAGACCAUGGUGGAGACCAAGAAAGUGACCAGUUCAGGAGUGUUGCUGCUGGACAACUACACAGACAGGGUACAGGUUCUGCGCAAUAUGGUCCACUGCGCCGAUCUCAGCAACCCCACCAAGCCUUUGGAUCUUUACCGACAGUGGACAGAUCGCAUCAUGGAUGAGUUCUUCCACCAGGGUGACAGAGAGAGAGAGCGCGGCAUGGAGAUCAGCCCCAUGUGUGACAAGCACACCGCUUCUAUCGAGAAAUCCCAGGUGGGAUUCAUUGACUACAUUGUGCACCCUCUGUGGGAGACGUGGGCGGAUCUGGUGCACCCGGACGCCCAGGACAUCCUGGACACUCUGGAGGAGAACAGGAACUGGUACCAUAGCAUGAUCCCUCAGAGUCCGUCUCCUCCGUUCUACGAGGCAGAAGGAGACAAGUUCCAGUUUGACCUGACUUUGGAAAGUGAAGAUGGGGACAAUAUUCACCUUGAAGGACCUUCAGAAACAGCUGACAUGGACAUAGCUACUUCUUCCUCGCCAGCUGAGACGUAGCAGCCCACUAUGUUGGCCAUGUUGGUUUAUUCCCUGAAACGGAGAUCAGCGAAACUCCUCGAAAUGAAGAAGCUACUUGCAGACUUGACUAGUCCGGAGGCUCUUUUCGCAGAGUGUGAUCAGAAGGUGACGAUUCCUUGGAGCUGGUGUUUGUAGAACUCAACUAGCAAGUUCUCAAGUGAUUUGCUGGCACUGAAGCAGGAACUAAGCAGGUCCUGAAGCUCAAACGUAUCGCCAGUAUGGGAUGCCAUGAAGGAGAACUACUGACUCAUGAUCCGUAUGGAUUUACUUUAUUUUGUACCGCCGUGUCAAAGACACACUAGUUUUUUUGUUGUUGUUUUGUUUUAAACUAGUGUGUAUUUUGUAACAUUUGUUUAUAAUAAACACAGCAGAACCCACAUACACAUUGAACAUGAAGGAUUUUUUCUGCUGAAAACAAAACCAGUCUUAUUUGAACUGGGGAAACAAUGGUUUAUUGGAAAACCUGUAUGUUCACGAAGUACACAUUGGGGUUUUUAUUUUUCUUCAUAAGAGACAGUAUUCACUGUGUUAACCUUAAGUUGUUUUUUUAUUAUUGUUAUGGUUUUUAAAAAUGGUACACGUUUGCGUAUUGUAAAUAGAAGCGAAUGAACACACAAUGAAAGCACUUUAAUGCUGACACUGAAACCACUUUAGGAUGAGAAAACUAUCCAUAACGUAAAACAGCGAUGUUGCGUUACAUCCAAAACGAAAACUGCCCCCAUUUUAAACCAUCGCUCAAUGGUAAGCUUGCCAAAAUUUUUCAGUACAGCUGAUUUAAGAAAUUCAACACAAUAUGUCACGGUCAUGACAAUAAUCAUUGACGUCAAUGCACCUUGUUUCUCAGUAUAGUCAUGCACACACAGGAUGUGGUUUCAGAAAAAUGUCGCUACAUGUCGCACAUCCUGAAAUCAGGUUUAAAGCCCUUGCAGCUGGUUGGCAUUGUGGUCACAUGCAGCACACUUAAAGCCGCAAUGCUAGGAAGAACAAUUAUUCUCAUUUCUAAAAUUGUUUGCGAACUAACAACAGUAUGUUUCAAACAGCUCCCAUGUAGUAUUAACCAGCGAACAAAACAAUGAUCUCACUUCUUUUUUUUGUAUCAUUGCAGUGCUAAUGAGUAUUUACCCUCAACUUCCCUGGUGGAAUGUACACCAUUAUUCAUUACUUUGUUCUGUUGUAUUGCUGUAUUACUUUGUGAAUUGUAUUAUUUUAUUAAGUGACUAACUGUCCCACACUGUGACAUCAUGGUGUCCCCGUGUCACUUGCCAAAGAAUUUAUUAAACGUGAGGAGUUUUGGAAA